UUAGGUUAUGCUCCAGCGAAAAAUGACUUCCUCUUCAAGAGAAGGCUACAAAGUUUCAUUUUCGAUAUACUGAUGCAACACUCAAGAGGGAAGUCUGCACUUGUUUUCUGUUCUACAAGAAAAGGUGCACAAGAAGCAUCACAGUGCCUCUCACAAACUGCAGGGUCUCUUGGCUAUUCAAAUCCAUUCAUGAAAUCUAUGCAGCAGUAUGAACAUCUACGAGAGGCUUCCUUAACCUGUAGUGACAAGCAGCUGCGGUCUUGUAUCGUACAUGGAGGUCAUGUUGAAUCUUGUUCUCUGGAACAUGACCUUCCUAAUUUUGCUACCGAUUACAGUGUUUUUGUCUUCUUAUCUGGACACUCAUGUUAGGUGUUGCCUAAAUUUACACUAACAUAGUCGUAUUUCCAAAUUUCAGUUGGUUUCAUAA